AUGCGGCCUCAUAUUCCCCUAUCUCUUGCCCUCCUAUCAGCGACGUCUGUGGGAGCAGCCUCAACCUGCAAAUCAACGCCUCAAGACUCAACCUGGCCAGCCCCUGAAGAGUGGAAGUCCCUCAAUGCUUCCAUCAACGGAGCUCUUAUAAAGACAGCCCCAGCUGCCUCGUCCUGCUACCCUGGAAACCCAUUUAGCUCGACCCAGAACUGCACCGAUGUCACCGACCACUGGUCCUAUGCCAUGUACCACGCUGCGUGGCCCGAAAGUGUCGACUACUCCAUAUUCACAAACCACUCGUGUCUCCCCCCAACUGUUGACGGAUAUAGCCAAAUCGCCACUUCCAUGAAAUGGGCAUCAUCGCGGAAUAUCCGCAUCGUCAUCAAGGGGACCGGGCAUGAUAUGAACGGCCGUUCUACUGGCGCAUACUCACUAUCAAUCUGGACUCACAAUCUAAAUCACUUCAAACAUGACCCGCACUGGCGCAUACCCGGUACCAACAGCACCGCAAACGUGGCCAUCCUCGGCAGCGGCAACAACUGGGGCUCUGCAUAUACAGCAGUACACAAUAUCCGCCGAACACUCGUCGGCGGCGAGGACGCAACCGUCGGCCUCGGAGGUCUUAUCCAGAAUGGUGGCCAUGGCCUUCUAUCCAGCACAUACGGUCUUGCCUCAGACAAUGUAUACCAGGCCACGGUUAUUACAACAGACGGACGCCGUCUCAUCGCAAACGACGUACAGAACCAGGACCUGUUCUGGGCCAUCCGCGGUGCGGGCGGUGGUCAGUUCGGUGUAGUCACUGAAUUCGUUUUAAAGACGCAUCCAGUUCCGGAUAAUGUUGUCACUGGUGGACUUAGUUUCCAUGCAGCUGAUGGAUCCAACGCUACCGAAGCUACCUGGGAUGCACUCGUCGAGACUGCAAAUCGCAUUCCAGAUCUCAUGGACACCGGUCUUAAAGGAACCGUGAUGGGCUUGACCGGAGAGUCCGCGCAAAGCUAUCUGGGGAUUAAAGACAAGAUUUCUGGAGCCGCAGCAAUCAUCAAUCUGACUGGCUUCAACACCACAGUUGAGAAAAUGAACUCAACAGUGAACACACUCGCAGCUCAGAUCCAAGCAGCCGCUCAUGGGAAGAUAACCAUAACCCCCCAGCCACCGUCAUCUAAAAGUUACUGGGCCUCCACCAAGCCAAAUCCUCUCGCAAGCCAAUCCAGCGGCGCCAGCGGCAUGAUCACCAGUCGCCUCCUCGGCCGGCCUGAGCUAGUCGAUCUACCCCAUGCCGAGCUACGGCACUAUCUACAGCAGAUACUAAAAACUUCAGAUGAUGACUCCGGAUCUAUGGUAUUAUUCGGAUUACAAGGCGGGUCUGGACCCGCUCGCACACCUGAAGAAAGGCGCGGAAGCGUCCACCCGGCAUGGAGAACGGCAUACGUCCACCUCAUGUCCUAUGGGGCCCCUCUAGACGCCACAGCCGACGCAUCCAAGGCUCUGGCUGGAGCUGCCGAGUGGUAUGAAUCCCAUAUCGAGCCGGUAUGGAGGAACUGGGCUCCUGGUGGUGGAUCGUAUGCGAAUGAGGGUAAUGUCUUCAGCAGUGCAUGGAAGGAAGACUUUUACGGUGAGAACUAUGAUCGUCUGCUAGACGUUAAGCAGAAGUAUGAUUCUGGUAUGAGUUUGUUUGUUUACGGUGGUGUUGGGAGUGAUGAGUGGGAAUAUGAUUUGCACAGUGGUCUACUCUGUCAGAAAUAG